UAAUUUCUUAAUUCUAGUAUAAGAAAUUCUUUCCAAAAUGAAAUUUUUGGCUUAUAUCCUGUUAUUCGGCUUGGCAUAUGCUUAUGUGGAAGAAGGUUUCGUCGUUUCUGAUGGUGACUAUCCUUCAUAUGCCGAGGAAAUUCACGAAGAUAUGAAAACUGAACUUGGAAAUAAAAUAAAGGAUGCAUUGAAUCACGUUUUGCAAGACAUUAAGGAUGCUUUGCAACGUGGAAAAAACGUCAGCCAAGACUUAAUCGAUGAGGUUAAGAAAAACUUAGAUAAAUUGAAGAAACUCGGAGUAGAACUCGAAGAUAAAACUAAGAAUCUUUUAGAAGACGUGAGAGACCGUGUUAAAUCUUGGUGGAAGGAUGUUUUAGAUAAAUUAACGGUUCACAACCAAACCCAUUACGCCAGAAAUUUUGUUGUGUACGAUGAUGAUGAUGAUGAUUCUGUAUCAUUCGAGGAUUUUAUCAGAAGAUUUCAGCUUCCUUAAGAUAACCUUUGUACUCCUUAAUAUAUGAAGAAGUAAAGCAGUUUAUUAUUUUCAAGCUUCUGUUCUUAAAAGACUGAUUUGUAAUUGGAUACAUAUUUAUUUUCUUACAAUAAAAAUUGCAAUAAAUAUAAUUUAGAAUAUAA